CAGCUUCAAAACCCGUGUGAAGUUCGAUCCUGGUUUUUCAUCUCUCUUACUCCGUGCCUCGGCAGCUGUUACAACCGUGUGUGACUCGGCGGCUCACAGCCUCUGGAUUUUACGUCGUUUUCGAGCGCAGACUGAAGGACAGGCGAGACGUGUAGGGGCGGAAUCGUUCUGUGGGUUCAGCGAGCAGAACGUGGACGAGCUGACCAAUCAGAGCAGGCAGUACCCGCACAGUACAGCAAGAAGCAGAAGAAAACUGAAGAUUUUUUUUUUAAAAUUCGCCCAUUUCACAUUAACAUUUGAAAAACAGCAGGUGGGACAGAAACACAUCUAUAAAGACACUGAAAAAGUCCAAAUCUUUGCAAAGGCUGCAGGCACUAACCAUCUUUCAAGCUGGGGAAUUAAGAAGGACUGAACACUAACUGAAGAGAGAGCACUGAAAGAGUACUGCCAGACUCCACACCAUACGGUCACCAUGAGUAUGAAUGGCACUAUGGAGAAGGGAGAUCAUCACCAAAUGCUGGACCUGUUUGAGGAGCUCCCAGCCCAUAACCACAGCCAUCACCAUCAACACACACAUCUUGAUCACAGCAGCUCAAUGGUCUGCACAGCCCCAGCUGGCAGCGGAUCAGGGGUGGUGGUGCCUCCCCCUUAUUCUGCAGCAGAUGUUGGAGGCGGUGAGGCACCGUUAGAGCUAAGAGGGUCUCUGGACUGCUGGGCCUGCUCAGUGUUGGUAACAGCACAGAAUCUGUUGAUAGCCACCAUCAAUGCCUGUUUGGCUGGCUUGGUGCUUGGACUGAUACUCACUCCUGCCAUCAUCAUGGUGGUGUUUGGAUUUCUUUGCCACUCCACAGUGCAGCCACAUGGUUCAUCUCAUUACUGCUCUGAGUUGCUGAAUGACGGUGGCUGUGUGGCCCUGUUAGUUGUAGGCUUUCUACUCAUCACACCACUGCUGGUUCUGGCCCUGGCUGCGUACUGCAGACUGGCCCGCCACCUCCAACUCAGCCUCUGCUUCAUCCCUUACAGCCGCGCCAUCUACAAAAACCUGCCUGCCACACACCACCACGCACUGCCAGCAGACUGCUGUGGACAGCAGGCAGGAAAAGGAGGAGGAACGGGGAAGGUGUGGGUGUAAGGGCAAGGUGGGAGUGUGGGGUAAGGUGUAGAUGUAAGUGGAAAGGUGGGGUUCUUGACCAUGAGUCACCAGUGUGUAGGCAAUUUAGUCGUGUUUUUGCUUUCGCAAUUAAAAAAAAAAUAUAUAGACAUA